CAUAACCUCACUUUUAUUAAAUUUAUUUAUAUUUUCGUGUUUUUAAAAUGAAUCAACCAGUCUCAUCAUUGAAUUUGCCAAAAAGCCUUCUUGGCAAACUCAAAAAUCUGGGCUAUAAUUAUUGUAAUGAUUUAGACCACAAUGUUGAAACAGUGAUUCCUGAUUGGGUUUCGCUUAAAAAGACUCCAAAAUCAUGUUCUGCUUUAGAAUUGUAUGAAAAUGAAUCAAAGUGGAAGCCUGUGACUACGUUUGUGCCACAAUUAGACAGUCUUUUGGGCAAGGAAAUAGUGGCAGGGCUUGUGACAGAACUUUGUGGGCUUCCAGGGGCUGGGAGGACUCAGAUUUGUUUACACUUAUCAGUUGGUGUCGCUGGUGAAGCAGUUUUUAUUCAUACAAACAAUAAUUUCAGUUUAGAAAGGCUUCAAGAAAUAGCACAAAAGUAUGUCUCUGAUGUUGAGACAAUUAUGCAGAAAAUCUUGUGUAUUGAAGCUACGAAUUUUACCGAAUUGUUUGCAAGUGUUCAGUUUUUAAAAACUUGGUUAUCUAAUAACUGCAUCAGAUUGUUGAUUAUUGAUAGCAUUUCAUGGCCUUUAAAACAACACCAACCAUGCAUCGAAAGGCCUAACUUAAUUUAUAGACUUUUUCAAGAACUUCGAAUUUUAACUAGUUUACAUAAAUUUGCGAUUGUCGUCACAAAUGACUUGACGACAAGCAUUACAGGGGUCACAACAUCGUCUUUUGGGGACAGUUUUUAUCACAUUAUUAAUAAUAGAAUUCUAUUAUCGAAAGAAAAUGAUUUAAUAUGUGCUAAAACACUAAAAAGUGCAAUUAACAAUGCGGGAGAAGUGUUAUUCAAAUUUGAAUAAUAUAGGGAUUUUGAUGGUGGUAUGGUGGUCAGCCUAACUGAAAAUAAUAAUUUUGAUUUUUUGGUUUUUCGAGAAACAAGACGUUGCGUUUAACAUAUUUCCAUAAUUUAUAAUUCUAAUUAAUUUUAAGCCGUAUAGUAAUGAUUGUAGCGAAGAAAAAAGUUCUGUUUUUUACAUUAUUAAUAUUUAAUUUAACUGAUUUUUAUACUAAAAAAUUUUAAAACUAAUUUCGGCGCAUCGUCUAGUAUCCUAAAAUCGCGCCAAACAUAACCUAGAAAAAUUCAAUUCGACUUAAACUAUUGCAAAAUCUAAUCGCCACAAUCAAUUGAACGUAUCUAUAAAUAGCCUGCAACUCUUUUUAUGGAAAAUCCCAAAGAAAAUACCGAAAAAUUCAUCAAAAAUGAAACCUACACGGAACUCGACGCAAUCCACCCCCGAUUUUUGGAGCCCCAAGACGCUCAGGUGAUCCACGAUUAUGAAAUCCAACACCACUUUUACUGUGAUGAAUGUAAACUCUUUUUCGCCCCCACGUUUCAAGCCUUGAAGACACAUUUCGAUGGGGUAAUGGUCCGUCACAAACCUUACGCUUCGUGUUUUUAUUGCCAAGGAAGUGUUUUCGAGUAUAAGUUUAACAAUGAGAGGAAGCUGUUCCACGAUUGUAGGGAUUAUAGGAAGAAAACUGAGGAUAAAAGUGAUUGAGAAGACUGGAUUUUUGUUACCUGAUUGUAUAUAAAAUAUUAAUAUAUUUUUUCAAAUAAACUUUAUUCUGCAAAAA